CUGCUCUCAGUCUCCCCACUGCUACUCUGUCAACAAGGUAAGCUACUGGGUCUUGAUUCCAAUAACUUCCUGAGAUCCUACUAUCUUUCAAAGGCAUUUUCUGGAGCUCUGCACAGCGGACAUAGUUCCUUAUUAAAUAAUCUUUCUCCACCCUUCAUUGCCCUUCAGCCUAGAGGGAGUACCCACCUUCCUGCAGAGGCUGCAGCCAAAUGGCACCAUACUGGGGUUCCUUGUAGGGAUAAGAAGACCUUGUGUUCCUUUCUUCAGAUCAGCAGAAAUAUGCAUCAGGGAAACCAAACCACCAUCUCUGAAUUCCUCCUCCUGGGACUCUCCAACCAUGCUGAGGAGCAGAAUCUUCUCUUUGUGCUUUUCCUGGGUAUGUACUUGGUCACUGUGGUUGGGAAUGGCCUCAUCACCCUGGUCAUCGGCUUGGAUGUUUACCUUCAUACUCCAAUGUAUCUCUUCCUUGCUAAUCUAUCCGUUGCUGAUAUUUCCUCCAUUUCUACCUCUGUCCCCAAAAUGCUGAUGAAUAUUCAGACCAAGAGUCAAUCCAUCUCUUAUGAGAGCUGCAUCACACAGAUGUACUUUUCUAUUGUGUUUGUUGUCAUUGACAAUUUCCUCUUGGGGGUCAUGGCUUAUGAUCGGUUCGUGGCUAUCUGCCACCCUCUGAACUAUACAACCAUCAUGCAACCUAGGCUCUGCAUUUUGCUGACAGUCAUUCCGUGGGUCCUCAGUAAUCUUGUUGCCCUGACACACACUAUUCUGCUCCUUCGGUUGUACUUCUGUGACAACAACACUGUUUCACACUUCUUCUGUGACUUGGCUUCUCUGCUGAAACUAGCCUGCUCAGACACAACGAUCAAUGAGCUUGUGUUGUUUAUCGUGGGCUUAUCAGUCAUCACCUUCCCUUUUGCCCUCAUCCUCUUCUCCUACAUCUGCAUUGUCAAGGCUGUCCUGAGAAUCUCAUCCACAGAAGGAAUGUGGAAAGCCUUCUCCACCUGUGCCUCUCACCUGACAGUUGUAUUGCUCUUCUAUGGGACCAUUGUAGGGGUUUAUUUCUUCCCCUCAUCCAUGCACCCUGACGACAGAGAUAAAACUGGUGCAAUACUAUUCAUUGUGGUGACACCCAUGAUGAACCCCUUCAUCUAUAGCUUGAGGAACAAGGACAUAAAAGGCGCCCUGAGAAAGCUCAUCAAUAAGAAAAGCUUCUGCCUUUGAUGUAUUGGACAUCUGACUUACUUUUAUCUUCAUAACCAGGUGGAUGAUUUUGUCCAAAGUUUGUGGCAUAGUUAUGAUGGUUCAGCUUUUAAUAGCAUUUCAGAUAUCUGCCUCCUAUUUCAACCCCUGAAGAGUUGGGGCUUUUCCAUGUAGCUCUGCUCUUGGAAACAAACCCUUUAAUUUCCGUAAGUUACAACCAUAAAAUACAUCUUGAAUAUAUGUGUGUUAUUAAAAACUCUUGUGCAAAAAUAA